CAGCGGCGACAACAGCGACAACAGCGACAACGACAGCGACAGCCACAGCCACAGCGACAGCGACAGCGCCGGGACAGCGCGGCACGGCCAGGCCGGGCCCCGCGGCCGCUGCCACCGCCACCAUGCAGAUGACCUUCUACUUCUCGGACACGGUAGUGCUGCUCUUUGACUUCUGGAAUGUCCACAGCCCCACAGGGAUGGUGCUCUCGGUGCUGGUGAUCCUGCUGCUGUCCGUGCUCUACGAGGCCGUGAAGAUGGGCAAGGCCGUGCUGCUGCGGCGGGCGCUGCUGGCCCUGCCCCGCAGCCUCAGCCAGGAGGCCCUGACCGAGCCACGGGAGGGGGACAGCGACCCUGCGCAGGGCAGGUGGUUUUGGUUCCACGUGGGCCAGACGCUGUUCCACGUGGUGCAGGUGGUGCUGGGCUAUAUGGUGAUGUUGGCAGUCAUGUCCUACAACGCCUGGAUCUUCCUGGGGGCCAUCGCGGGCUCCACGCUGGGCUAUUUCAUGGUGUACCCCCUGCUGGGCCGGGGCUAGAGCCCCCCCCGCCGUGGUGGCCCCGUGUCCCACCUCCCGCUCCUCUGGAACCGCUGCUGUCAGCUCUGCUGGGUGUGUCGCCGUCCCCGCGCUCCGUGGGACGCAGAGCCCCAAGGACUUGCUGGGGGCUGGCCCCGCUCUGGGGACCGGGAGCCCCGUGGGCAGCACGGGCCUCGGCCGGUGGCUGUGCUGUCCCCCGCCUCUCAGGGACCUUUGUCCGGGUGAUGACAGCAGGGGCGUCAUCCUCCCCCUUUCCUGCCCCUCCCUGCUUUUCGAGGAGGUUCAUCCCGGCUGGAACGGGAACGAUCCGGUGACUUGCUGGGGACAGGGGCCCCUGCACCAAGCCCUUCUUCACACGGUGCCUUUGGGGACAUGGGGGGGUCCUGCCACCCCCUCCCCGCUCCUGCGCAGCGCUUCAGGGAUGGGGCUGGAGCAGCCCCGGAGCCACCGGUGCGGCUGUGCCGGGGGGAAAUGCUGCUCCAGGCGCCUCUUGCUGCUUCCUCAGGACGCCCCCUUUAAUAAAAUCAUCUCGGCUCCACUCCUGGCUUGUGUCCCUGCUGGGUGGGCUCAGGAGGUGACACCCCAGCGUCACAGUGGGACUGGGGAUCCCCAGCCCUACCCGGGGUGGUGGUUCAGGAAAUAAGGAGAGUCUCCUCUGGCUUUAAAUAAAGCUUUUCCAUUUUAUUAAUUAUUAUAAGCAUA